UAUGACAUCCUUCCAGUCUCACCGCGCAUGCGUGGCUCAGGGAGCAUGCAGCGCGAAAGAGUUCCAGUCAGUGCCGCCUAACAGUGCCAGUCAGUGCCACCUAACAGUUGCCAAAUGGUCAGUGCCGCCUAACAGUGCCAUAUAUCAGUGCCAUAUAUCAGUGUCAUGUAUCAGUGCUGCCUUUCAGUGCCCAUCAGUGAUGACUGUCAAUGCCCAUCAUUGCAACCUACCAGUGCCUCCUCAUCAGUGCUUUCAGUGCCACCUAUCAGUGUCCAUCAGUGCAGCCUAUCAGUGUCCAUCACUGCAGCCUCAUUAG